GCCGGACGCCGCGGCCGAGAGUCUGGACUGCGGGCUGCGGUCGGGACGCUAGCGCAGCGCGGCAUGAGGCGGAGAAAGGAUGGUACGCACCGUAGACGAGAUCUUACUUGCUCAGCACAGGAGAAUAAAGGGUCAGAGUGGACCCUUUCUUGGGUCUGUUGAAAAUUCCUGUGGGUUAUUAGACAGCUGUGAAUAGUUGACAUUUGCUGGGUGCUUAUGUGUGCCAGGCGCUUCACGUACAUCACCUCAUUUGUUCCCCACGACAGUUUACAAGGGAUCUGAAUGUUUGUUGUGGCUCUGACACUCUGCUAAAUUCUGAGGAUAGAAACCUGAGAGAAACUUGCUACCUCCAGGAGCACCGAGUCUGGUGGGAACAGAGGAAAGGUCUGUGGCCAGAGAAGUGAGGAGUGAAGGUGUUCAGAGAGCGUCUCAGAUGGGACAUGGAACCGAAGCCCUGAUGGGUGGUUAAGGUGACGGCGUCAGUCGGAUCCACAGCCCUCCCCCUGCCCCAUCUGUCUGGGGCGCCGAGAGUGGGGACAUGGAGGAGAGUAAGAACGAGGCCACGAAUCGGGCCCACGUCCUCUUUGACCGCUUCGUGCAGGCCACCACCUGCAAGGGGACCCUCAAGGCCUUCCAAGAGCUCUGCGACCACCUGGAACUGAAGCCUAAGGACCACCGCUCCUUUUAUCACAAGCUCAAGUCCAAGCUUAACUACUGGAAAGCCAAGGCCCUCUGGGCAAAGCUGGACAAGCGGGGCAGCCACAAAGACUACAAGAAGGGAAAGGUGUGCACGAACACCAAGUGUCUCAUCAUUGGAGCCGGCCCCUGUGGCCUCCGCACAGCCAUUGAUUUGUCCUUGCUGGGAGCUAAGGUGGUCGUCAUUGAGAAGCGAGACGCCUUCUCCCGCAACAACGUCUUGCACCUCUGGCCAUUCACCAUACAUGACCUACGAGGUCUGGGUGCCAAGAAGUUCUACGGCAAGUUCUGUGCUGGGGCCAUCGACCACAUCAGUAUCCGUCAGCUUCAGCUGAUACUUUUGAAAGUAGCCUUGAUCCUAGGCAUUGAGAUCCACGUCAAUGUGGAAUUCCGAGGACUUGUGGAGCCUCCUGAGGAUCAAGAAAAUGAACGGAUAGGUUGGCGGGCCCUGGUGCAUCCCAAAACGCACCCUGUGUCAGAAUAUGAGUUUGAAGUGAUCAUCGGCGGGGAUGGCCGCAGGAAUACCUUGGAAGGAUUUCGUCGGAAAGAAUUCCGUGGCAAAUUGGCCAUUGCCAUUACAGCAAAUUUUAUUAACCGAAAUACAACAGCAGAAGCCAAAGUGGAAGAAAUCAGUGGUGUGGCUUUUAUAUUCAACCAAAAAUUUUUCCAGGAACUGAGGGAAGCCACAGGGAUUGACCUGGAGAACAUUGUCUACUACAAAGAUGACACACACUACUUCGUUAUGACCGCCAAGAAGCAGAGCUUACUGGACAAAGGGGUGAUACUGCAUGACUACGCCGACACGGAGCUCUUGCUCUCCCGGGAGAAUGUGGACCAGGAGGCCCUGCUGAGCUACGCCCGGGAGGCAGCUGACUUCUCCACCCAGCAGCAGCUGCCGUCGCUGGACUUCGCCAUUAACCACUACGGGCAGCCUGAUGUGGCCAUGUUUGACUUCACGUGCAUGUACGCUUCCGAGAAUGCAGCCCUGGUGCGGGAGCACAACGGACACCAGCUGCUGGUGGCUCUGGUGGGGGACAGCCUCCUGGAGCCUUUUUGGCCGAUGGGAACAGGAAUAGCCCGGGGCUUUCUGGCUGCUAUGGAUUCGGCCUGGAUGGUGCGCAGCUGGUCUCUGGGGACGAGUCCCUUGGAAGUCCUGGCAGAGAGGGAAAGCAUUUAUAGGUUGCUGCCUCAGACCACCCCUGAGAAUGUGAGCAAGAACUUCAGCCAGUACAGUAUCGACCCUGUCACCAGAUACCCCAACGUGAACGUCAACUUCCUCCGGCCGAGCCAGGUGCGCCAUCUGUAUGAUAGUGGAGACACAAAAGAUGUUCAUCUGGAGAUGGAGAACCUUGUGAAUUCCCGAACCACCCCAAAGCUGGCCCGCAAUGAGUCUGUGGCUCGUUCCAGCAAGCUGCUGGGUUGGUGCCAGCGGCAGACAGACGGCUAUGCUGGGGUGAACGUGACGGACCUCACCAUGUCGUGGAAGAGCGGCCUGGCCCUGUGUGCCAUCAUACACCGAUACCGCCCUGACCUGAUAGAUUUUGACUCUUUGGAUGAGCAGAAUGUGGAGAAGAAUAACCAGCUGGCCUUCGAUAUUGCUGAGAAAGAGCUGGGCAUUUCUCCCAUCAUGACAGGCAGAGAGAUGGCCUCUGUGGGGGAGCCGGACAAGCUGUCCAUGGUGAUGUACCUGACCCAGUUCUACGAGAUGUUCAAGGACUCGCUCCCCUCUCGAGAUGCCUCAGACCUGAACGCGGAGGAGAGGGCUGUCCUAAUAGCCAGCACCAAGUCCCCUAUCUCCUUCCUGAGCAAACUCGGGCAGACCAUUUCUCGGAAGCGCUCCCCCAAGGACAAGAAGGAAAAGGACUUGGAUGGUGCUGGGAAGAGGAGAAAGACCAGCCAGUCAGAGGAGGAGGACACGCCCCGGGGCCACAGAGGAGGGAGGCCCACCCUGGUGAGCACGCUGACCGACCGGAGGAUGGACGUGGCCCUCGGCAACCAGAACAAAGUGAAGUACAUGGCAACCCAGCUGCUGGCCAAGUUUGAGGAGAACGCGCCCCCACAGUCUGUGGGUGUGAGGAGACAGCUGACACAGGAGCGUGGGGUCAGCCAGCCGUCCAGCUGCCUGCCUGAGCAGGGUCGCUCUGCUCCCACCCCCCAGUGGAAACAGCGACGUGACAAGGAGCGUUCUCGGACCUGCCCCAAAAAAGUGAUCACCCUGUCUCCUCCCCCUACUCCUCCUCCCUAUCGGGCACGUGGCGGCCAACAGACACACGGGGAUCUUGAUGCCGACAGCCGCGGCAAGCAGAGCCCCCAGCACGAGAGGCCAGAACCUGAACCUUCUCGUCGAUUUUUUGUCGAUCAGUGGGAGCUUUCCCUAAGCCUCCGCUCCGCCAGCCGCCCUGCUUCUCCCUCCUCCGACUCCCUCCGACAGAAGUAUAUAAAGAUGUACACGGGCGGAGUGAGCUCAUUGGCUGAGCAGAUAGCCAAUCAGCUUCAAAGGAAAGAACAACCCAAAACCCUUCUAGACAAGAAGGAACUGGGCUCCAUAAAGAAGGAGUUCCCGCAGAACUUGGGAGGCAGCGACACCUGCUAUUUCUGCCAGAAGCGGGUCUAUGUGAUGGAGCGGCUGAGCGCCGAGGGCAAGUUCUUCCACCGGAGCUGCUUCAAGUGUGAGCACUGCGCCACCACCCUGCGCCUAUCAGCCUACGCCUAUGCCCUCGAGGACGGUAAAUUCUACUGCAAGCCACACUACUGUUACCGGCUGUCUGGCCCUGCGCAGAGGAAGAGACCGGCAGGGGCGCCUCUGUCUGGAAAGGAGGCCCGGGGACCUCUGCAGGACAGCCCGGCCACAGAUGCCAGCGGACGGCCCAGCACCAGUGCCAGCCCUGCCGAGAGAAGCCCAGGCCCAAGCGUGAAUGGCCUAGAGGAGCCUAGCGUCGCCAAGAGACUGCGGGGCACCCCGGAAAGGAUCGAACUGGAAAACUACCGGCUGUCGGUGCGGCAGGCAGAGGGGCUGGAGGAGGUGCCCGAGGAGACGCAGGCCGAGCACAACCUGAGCAGUGUGCUAGACACAGGGACGGAGGAGGACGCAGCCAGCAGCAGUUCGGAGUCGGAGAUGGAGGAAGAGGAGCCCCCGCUGCCCACCUCGGACCUGGGCGGCGUUCCCUGGAAGGAGGCCGUGAGGAUCCAUGCCCUCCUGAGAGGGAAGAGUGAAGAGGAGCUGGAGGCCUCCAGGAGCUUCGGGGCCGGGGAGGAGGACGAGGAGGACGAGGAGGAGGAGGAGGAGGAGGAGGACGAGGACGAAGAGGACGAGGAGGACGAGGAGUCUAGUGAAGUCGGGAGCCCGAGGAGGCUGCAGCAGCUGCUGAACCCAGCCGAUCCCCUGGAGAUCCAGGCCGACGUGCACUGGACGCAUAUUCGUGAGAACCAGGAGGAGCAAGCGGCACUGGCGCCCGAGUCCCCCCUUCCUGGAGUGCCUGACCUCCCCUCCGUCCGCCGUGCAGCAGUACAGGCCUGGCUGGAGUCGGUCUCCGGAGUCCCAUUCGAUGAGGAUGACCUGGAAGGAGAUGUGGACUCAGAACCAGCAGAGGUCGAAGGGGAGGCAGCAGAGAAUGGGGACGCAGGGGACACUGGCGCCGAGCUGGAUGACGAUCAGCACUGGUCGGACGACAUCCCGUCUGAGGCUGACACGGAGCUGCACCGGCCGGCGGUGGGAGCAGAGCUGGAGCUGAGGGUGUCGGACGGCGAGGAGGAGCUACCACUGGCCUCAGCAGGGCACCCAGAGAGAGGUCCCUCCCGAGUCUCCAGCCCCACCCGGUCCCCUGAGGAGCCCACAGGCUUGUCCUCCCCAGCCCGCAGCCCCGGGGCACAGAGCGCCUGUCCCCCCCUUGCCACUGUGGCCACCGGGGUAGGGUCACCUGCCGAGAGUCCUCUGCUGGAGCCCUCGACCCCGCCAGCGGAGCCCGAAGCUCGCCCUCCCAUCCGAUCACAGCCUGAAGCCAGGACGCCGCCCUCACCUGCCAGCCCCCAGCACCAGUCCCCGCCCGCCCCACUGCCCAUCUGCUCCCAGCCUCAGCCGUCCCCUGAGGCCACUGUGCCAUCCCCCACCCUGUCCCCCAUCCGCUCCCAGCCCGUGCCGGCCAGAACCUCCACCCCUCUGGCCCCCCUCCCUGUGAAGAACCAAGGGGUCACCAAGGACACACUGGUCAGCCCCCUCCCUGGGGACGAGGCCCUGAAACGCAGCGACCUGGUGGCUGAGUUCUGGAUGAAGAGUGCCGAGAUCCGCCGCAGCCUGGGGCUCACGCCCGUGCGCCGGAGCCCGGGGUCUGAGCCUGCCUUCCAGUCCCCUCCCCUGAAGGCCUAUCAAACAGAGAAGGUCCCCCAGAGCGAGGGGCUCCGGCUCCUAAAACUCCCAUCUGUCCCCAGGAAACUGGGGCUGCCCACCGUCGAGGGUGCCCAGCCCUGCCCGCCCACCCCUGUGUCCCCGCCCGACAGGGAGCCGAAGGUCCCGCGGGAGGAGCACAGAGACCUGUCCAGCAGCUCAGGGCUGGGCCUGCAGGGUAGCUCCUCCCGCACCAGGACACCGGGCAGCCAGAGCUUCAACACCUCCGACUCCACCAUGCUCACGCCCCCUUCCAGCCCGCCACCCCCGCCUCCUGAUGAGGAGCCUGCUACCCUUCACAGGAAGCCAGCCUUGGCAGGGCAGCCUGUGGCCUCGACACCCACACCCCCGGUUGCCUGCGUGAGGCCCCCACGGGAGCCUGCCCAGCCCCCCCAAGAGGAGGCGCGGAAGUCUUUCGUGGAGAGCGUGGAUGAGAUCCCCUUCGCAGAUGACGUGGAGGACACGUAUGAUGACAACACGUGUGAUGACCGCACGGAGGACUCGAGUCUGCAGGAGACCUUCUUCACACCCCCCUCCCACUGGCCCCACCCCAAGCCGCCCUUGGCUGCAGAGAACGGCCGGGGGCCGGAGAGUGGGGUCCCAUUGCAGAAGCGGGGGCUGCCGCUGGUCUCGGCCGAGGCCAAGGAGCUGGCGGCCGAGCGCAUGCGGGCUCGGGAGAAGUCAGUGCGGAGCCAAGCACUGAGGGACGCCAUGGCCCGGCAGUUGAGCAGGAUGAAGGAGAUGGACGUAGCGGCUGCAGCCCCUGGGACCCCCAGGACCCCUGCACCUCGCAGAGCCGCUAUUGUGCCCCCCAAGGGCCCCGAGGAGCCUGCCCCGAGGCAAGAAGCCACGAGUGAGGAGGUGCUGUCCCCUCCCUCGGACUCAGGGGGCCCGGACGGCUCGGUCACCUCGUCAGAGGGCUCCAGCGGGAAAAGCAAGAAGAGGUCAUCCCUCUUCUCUCCUCGGAGAAGCAAGAAAGAGAAGAAGCCCAAGGGCGAGGGCCAGCCCCUGGAGAGGCCUAGCCCUGGCACUCUGGAGGAAGUGGCCGCCAAGCCCAGGUCUCUGUGGAAGUCCGUCUUCUCCGGGUACCGGAAGGACAAGAAGAAGAAGAGCGACGGCCGGUCCUGCCCCAGCACCCCUUCCAGCGGGACCACAGUGGAUGCUGGCAAGCCCAGGGCAUCUCCCGUCUCAAGAGCAGGUCGCCAGGGGGUGGGCCCGCUGGUCACGAUCUGCUCGGCCCUGCCUCCAGAGCUGCGGACCCGGCGCCAUCUGAGCUGCUCGGAGGACUCGGACCUCUCCAGUGAUGACGUCCUCGAGCGGACCUCCCAGAAGUCCAGAAAAGAGCCGAGAACUUACACGGAGGAGGAGCUGAAUGCCAAGCUGACCCGACGUGUGCAGAAGGCAGCUCGGAGGCAGGCCAAGCAGGAAGAGCUGAAACGGCUGCACCGUGCCCAGAUCAUCCAGCGGCAGCUGGAGCAGGUGGAGGAGAAGCAGCGGCAGCUGGAGGAGAGGGGGGUCGCCGUGGAGAAGGCGCUGCGUGGGGAAGCAGACUAUUGGGGAGAGUCUUAUUACACUGACCUCAUCGACUUGCAUCUGGGUGGCAUGGGCAAGAAGGACGACCCCAAGCUGAUGCAGGAGUGGUUCAAGCUGGUGCAGGAGAAGAAUGCCAUGGUGCGCUACGAGUCAGAGCUGAUGAUCUUUGCUCGGGAGCUGGAGCUGGAGGACCGGCAGAGCCGGCUGCAGCAGGAGCUCCGCGAGCGGAUGGCAGUGGAAGACCACCUGAAGACGGAGGAGGAGCUGGCAGAGGAGAAGAGGAUCCUGAAUGAGAUGCUGGAGGUGGUGGAGCAGAGAGACGCGUUGGUGGCCCUGCUGGAGGAACAGCGGUUGCGCGAGAAGGAGGAGGACAAGGACCUGGAGGCCGCCAUGCUGUCCAAGGGCUUCAGCCUGCACUGGUCCUGAGCGCCCGCCCAGCCCUGGCUGGUCUGUGCACUGCCUGAGCCAGGCUGCUUCCCCCAGAUCCCCCUCCCGGACCCCAGGUCUGAGUGGGCCUGGCGCCUCCGGGGAGUUUGCGCUCAGGUCCAUGUGGCUCUGAGAAGGGUUCAGGCAUCUGGGUUAUGGGGAGCCCUGGGUGAAGCUGGUUGUCCAGCGGCUCAGCCUCCUUGGAGGAAGCCCCCUGCCCGCCAACUCCAGAGGGCGAGAGUGUAGGGGCGUGCCCAGGAAAGGUGUCUGGGAGGACCCAGUGACCACGCUCCCCUGGCACCAUGCAGAAGUGGAUGAGAAGCCCAGCCCACACCCCAGGCCUCUCCUGGCUGUGCCCUGCGGCUGCUGCAUUUGCUUUUAAUUCAUAACACUGGAAAAUACUGACUUUGGGGUCAGGCAGGGCCCCGAGUUCUGGCCCCGCCAGCAGGCUGGCCUUGUCAUGGACGCCUCGCGGCGGGUGGGAGGCCGUCCUCCAUGCCUGGUUCCUGUGCUUGCACCAAACAAGGCUGACAGCCUGGGAGAUGCAGCCUCUGGGGACCCUCUUUGUCAAUUAACUUAUUUUUUUAUACUUGAAGAGAAGCAGCUUCACUUUUGUAUCUUUACUGGGACCCUGAUGCCCUGGCACCCCAGUCGGGGCAUGGAGCUGGGUCCCAACUGACUGUGCUGCCCUCCAUUUAUCACCCCCUUCUUCCUGGGGCUGACCGGAGCCCUCCUGUCAGAGAGACCCUGUGUGGGCCCCAAUGCGCUGCUCCCAUCCCCUGUGCCUGGCCCCAGGUGUCCACGUCUGCACCGCUCACUCAUCAAGGAUGUACUUGAGCUGCUGGAGGCCAGGCCGCGGGCCAGGUACUGCUCAGAAUCCUCCCUGUUGAAAUCCCGGGUCCAUAGGACCUGUGUUUUUCUCCGUUUUGGAGCCAAGGUCUCAUCUCCCACGUUGACUGAAGACGGUUUAGGCCGUGGCACCAGCGUGAGGGACCCUGCUUGGUGAGGCCCGGACCCAGCAUCCGGAGCUGUGGUGACAGCACGCAGACUGGACUCUGGUCGGGAAGUCACACACACACACACACACACACACACACACACACACACACACACACACACACACACACACACGGCAGCUUCUGCCCAGCCCUCUGCUCACGCCUCUUCAUGGGGAGGCACUCUAGGGCCGUGGUUCAGCCAGAGGCUGACCGUGUCCAGCUCCCAGAAUCUGCAGUGGCCGUGCCCGUCUGCAGAGGAGCUCAGUCGGUGCCAGGCCGGUCCCGAGACCCUCCAGCCCGCCUGGUGGAGCAGGACCACACGCUGGAAAGGGAGGCUGUAGGGGCAGGAUGAGGGACAUCCACACCAGCCUCAGAACGUUCUUGGGGAACCACAUCGUGCCUCAACUUGAACACAUUCAUUCUCACUGCAAAGGAACAGAGAACUGUCUUCUUGAGUCUGUCCCAAAGCUGUCGUCUGUCACCCCCUGGAAUCCAGGGGGCUCGUGGCUCUGACCCUCACUUCCUGCUUGUUGAGGCAGAGCCUCUAUUUCUGUUCUCCUUUCUUAACAGGGGAGCAGAGGGUGUUCUAGAUUCCAUCUUUAAACCCCAGCCUUCCGAUAAAACUGGGCUUGGGACAGGAUUCAUCGCCUGUGUGGCCUUUGCCAACCCUUCCCACCCACCACCUGGUGCACCGUGACUGCCAGGCCCGCCUGCGAGCCCGUCCACCCAGGACGAGGACGCGUUUAUGAAGUAGCCAGGAGGGACGCGGCACUGCCCCAUGGAAGCGCACCGUGCCUGCCGACAUGAGGAAGGCCUGGAGCUGCAGAGAAGCUCAGAAAUGCUCCCCAGCUCCCUUCCGCGGUGCUGCGACUUCAGGUUCCAGUAGAGCACUUUUUCUGAACGCUCCAUUUCAUAACCACUAGUGUGCAGGUUGUCGUAGUGCCUGCUGAUAGGCUGCUGCAGUUUCCAGCUCUGGGGAUGCUCAGCUCCUGUCACAUCCCCACGAGGGCAGGGCCGCAGGAAGUCUCCCUCUGCAGCGCUGGGUGUGAGUGAGCCCACGCCACAGCCGAAGGCUCAGCCUGCUCAGAUGGCGUCUUCCAGCCUUCGCCCCAGGAGCCAUCCUCCAGCUGCCCUGACCAGCAAUGAGAGGCUAUUCCCGAUCUUUUCAAAGAGCAGGAUUUUCUUCAGUAGGGCAGAAAGUGGAGUUUACAGAAAACAACUUUAGAGGUGGAAACAACUGACCUACAAAGGGGAAUGGGCCAUUUUAUGCGCAAUAAAAGUUUCUAAAAGAAA